AUGUUGUUGUUCAUAUUUAAAAUAGAUGCUCUGAAGUGCUAUGUGUGCAGCUCCACCACAACCAAUGACGCAUGCAACCAGUCAUCCCAAACCUGCCAGGCACCCCUUGAUACCUGCAUGACCACUGUGGACACAUUUGGUGAGAGUACUUGGAAACCUAAGUGACACCAGUUACAGUAGCCUAAUAGGAGUAGAAAUGCAUCGAUCCCAUGGAGACGGGAAUUGAUAGGUGAAUUAAUAAAUGAAAAAGUGGAGCAUAUAGCUUAUUUCUUUGUAUGGUAGUCUAUUCCAGAAAAAAUAACCAUGCCUGGUGAAUAGAUUUGAGAAUUUAGAAGUGAGUCAAUAUAUACAAAAAUAUACUGUAAAUAUAUAGUAAAUAAUAUAAUAGUAAAGAUGCAUGAUUUCCCUUUUCCAUCCACAGGCAAAAUAAAGGCCAUAGUGAAGUAUUGUGCCAGUGCAAGGACCUGCAACGGAGCAUCGUCAGGGGCCUUAGUGGAUGCAAAUGGCAAUGGGAACCAAGUCACCUGCUGCUCCAGUAACCUUUGUAAUGUCAACGGGGCGACUGGUGUUGGGCUAAGCACACUACUGACUCUGGCUGUGUGUUGUAACCAUGCUGUGCUCAGCAUUCUCUGGCUGCUCUGA